GGUAACUUUCGGCUCGGCUUCUCCGGGGGGCCGGCGACCUCCGGGCACCCGAAGCCGGGCGAGGUUCGGGGGUGCGGGCAGGGUAAUGAUGGGCCUGGGAGAUUCGCGGGGAGCGAAGACGGAGGAGUGGGGCGGUCGAUCCCGACCGGGAGCUCAACUUUCAGAAAAGACGCCGCAGCAAACCUCUCUCGGGGAGUCGUCCAGCUCCUCACCUCCAUGGGCCAGACGGCCUUGGCAGGGGGCAGCAGCGGCCCCUCCACCCCACAGGGCCUGUACCCUGACCGGUCUCGUCCCGAAGGCUUGGAGGAGCUGCUGUCUGCUCCCCCUCCUGACCUGGGGGCCCAGCGGCGCCACGGCUGGAACCCUAAGGACUGCUCGGAGAACAUCGAGGUCAAGGAAGGGGGCUUGUGCUUUGAGCGGCGGCCCGUGGCCCAGAGCACUGAUGGGGCCCGAGGGAAGAGGGGCUACUCGAGGGGCCUGCACGCCUGGGAGAUCAGCUGGCCCCGGGAACAGAGGGGCACCCACGCCGUGGUGGGCGUGGCCACAGCCCACGCCCCGCUGCAGGCUGACCACUACGCGGCGCUGCUGGGCAGCAACAGCGAGUCGUGGGGCUGGGACAUUGGGCGGGGGAAACUGUACCAUCAGAGCAAGGGGCCUGGGGCCCCUCAGUAUCCACCCGGACCUCAGGGUGAGCCGCUGGAGGUGCCAGAGAGGCUGCUGGUGGUACUGGACAUGGAGGAGGGGACUCUGGGCUACGCUGUCGGGGGCACCUACCUGGGGCCGGCGUUCCGCGGACUGAAGGGCAGGACCCUCUAUCCAGCAGUAAGCGCGGUCUGGGGCCAGUGCCAGGUCCGCAUCAACUACCUGGGCGAAAGGAGAGCAGAACCACACUCCCUUCUGCACCUGAGCCGCCUGAGCGUGCGCCACGCCCUGGGGGACACCGGGCUAGGCCACAUUUCUGCCCUGCCCCUGCCCCCUGCCCUGAAGCGCUACCUGCUCUACCAGUGACCCCAGGGGAACCACACGUGGCCCUGGGGCCUUGACUCACCCCUCGGGGGCAGGAGGCACUGCUGGCCGAGACUGGCAACCUACCGCCAGGGAGGCUGGGGGCAGGCGAGGCUGGGUUCCACCCCCACCCCACCUCAGGUCUGAGUGCCACCGCUCCGGAGCCACCACCCAGAGGGUGGAAGGGACGGAGCUGUUAGUCAAGGCUGUGGCAGCCUGGUACGCAAGACAUUUCUGCAAGUAAAAAUUAUAAGAGAUGUGCUGCUGUAGAAA